AUCCAGCCACACCAAGAACGGCAACCGCAGACGCAAGGGCAAGGAGUGUGAGCAGCGCCAAAGAAACUUGUGAUGUGAUCGAUGGGAAUGAGUCACAACGCAACAGCACACAGCCACCCGCAGCAGAGAGUGCUCAGAAGGACCCAGCAGAAGAAACACCCACACCUGCUGACACACAUAAGAACACCCAAACACCCGAAGACAGGCACAAGGGCACACACAAGGACACAGACAAGGAAAGCAACAAAGGUACACGAGCACAUGACAAUAAUGAGGGCGACCAUAUGGAUGGCGACAGUGAUCAGGACAAGUCCCACGCAAUGGCAUCGUCCGAUGACGACGGCGGCAGUAACAAUGACAACGAGGCGGAGACCUUAGUGCGCAUGUAUGAGCAGAGAUACCGAUACCACAGCGGAUACCACGGGGGCAUGGACGAUG